AUGAAACAUCUCAUUUUAUUUCUCUUUCUAAAUGCCCACUUAGGAGUACUCGAUGGAAUAUCAAAGAAGAAACGCGAUAGAACAGCUCCAAUCAAGGAUGAAAAAUUGUGCCUAGGUUCGAAGAUUUUUAGAGAAGAACGUGAUCAGAUACUUUCUUUGCACAAUAAGUUACGAUCUGAACUGGCUGCUGGUAAAGUGAGCACUGGAAAUGGUACUAUGCCGCAAGGUUCAGAUAUCAGAGAAUUGAGAUGGGACUGUAAAUUAGAAAAAACGGCGCAGUGGUGGGCUGAUCGCUGCCUGUGGAAACAUUCCGACGUUUCUGAUCGCAACUACAAGGGAGAAAAUCUUUAUAAAGUUCAGCAAACUAUCCCCAUUGAUAGAAGUAAGCGAAUUUAA